CCGAAAAAGAGGUCAUAGGGUGAUAUUCACCGGAAUCUACACAUUUGAAUCAGCUGUUAAAGUGAUGGCACGAGGUUUCAUUUUAUGCCCGUUUACGUAUCUUAGAGAUGCAUGGAAUUGGCUGGACUUCGUAGUAAUAGCUUUAGCUUAUGUGACUAUGGGUAUUGAUUUAGGUAACCUCGCAGCAUUGAGAACGUUUAGGGUACUGCGAGCACUUAAAACCGUAGCCAUCGUGCCAGGCUUAAAGACUAUCGUCGGCGCUGUCAUCGAAUCAGUAAAAAAUCUGCGUGAUGUGAUAAUUUUGACAAUGUUCUCGCUGUCAGUUUUCGCGCUGAUGGGUCUACAAAUUUACAUGGGUGUUCUAACACAGAAGUGCAUUAAAAAAUUCCCCUUAGACGGCUCAUGGGGAAAUCUGACUGACGAAAACUGGGACUACCACAACCGAAACAGUUCAAAUUGGUAUUCAGAGGAUGAUGGAUAUUCCUUUCCGCUUUGCGGGAAUAUAUCAGGUGCUGGGCAAUGUAGUGAUGAGUACGUUUGUCUACAGGGCUUUGGUCCUAAUCCAAAUUACGGAUACACCAGUUUCGAUUCAUUCGGUUGGGCUUUCCUCUCGGCGUUCCGUCUAAUGACACAGGACUUUUGGGAAGAUUUGUACCAGCUCGUUCUUAGAGCGGCUGGUCCCUGGCACAUGCUGUUCUUUAUAGUCAUCAUCUUCCUAGGUUCAUUCUAUCUUGUGAAUUUGAUUUUGGCCAUUGUUGCCAUGUCUUAUGACGAAUUACAAAAGAAGGCCGAAGAAGAAGAGGCUGCCGAAGAGGAGGCGAUUCGCGAAGCGGAAGAGGCAGCGGCAGCAAAAGCUGCUAAAUUGGAAGAGCGAGCAAAUGCAGCAGCUCAGGCGGCAGCAGAUGCAGCUGAAGCGGCUGAAGCAGCCUUGCAUCCAGAGUUGGCGAAAAGCCCGACUUAUUCGUGCAUUAGCUAUGAGCUCUUUGUCGGUGCCGAAAAGGGAAACGAUGACAACAAUAAGGAGAAAAUGUCGAUACGCAGCGUUGAAGUUGUAUCGGAGUCGGUGAGCGUUAUUCAAAGACAACCAGCACCUACUACAGCACCCGCUACUAAAGUCAGAAAAGUGAGCACGACAUCCUUAUCCUUACCUGGUUCACCGUUUAACAUACGCAGGGGAUCACGUAGUUCACAUAAGUACACAAUUCGAAAUGGACGUGGUCGUUUCGGUAUUCCAGGUAGCGAUCGCAAACCGCUCGUAUUGUCAACAUAUCAGGAUGCACAGCAGCAUUUACCAUAUGCUGAUGACUCAAACGCAGUUACGCCGAUGUCCGAAGAAAAUGGUGCUAUAAUCGUGCCGGUGUACUAUGGCAAUUUAGUUUAUGGUUCAGUCUCCGUUUACUAUUUUCCAACAGAAGACGAUGACGAGGAUGGUCCUACGUUUAAGGAUAAGGCUCUUGAGGCCAUACUUAGAGGGAUUGACAUUUUUUGUGUGUGGGAUUGUUGCUGGGUAUGGUUGAAAUUUCAAGAAUGGGUGUCACUAAUUGUUUUUGAUCCGUUCGUUGAGCUUUUUAUUACGUUGUGUAUUGUUGUGAACACAAUGUUUAUGGCAAUGGACCACCACGAUAUGAACAAGGAAAUGGAGAAAAUAUUAAAAAGCGGCAAUUAUUUCUUCACUGCGACUUUUGCCAUCGAAGCCACAAUGAAACUGAUGGCCAUGAGUCCGAAAUAUUACUUUCAGGAGGGCUGGAAUAUAUUCGAUUUCAUUAUUGUUGCACUUUCACUUCUUGAACUAGGUCUGGAAGGAGUUCAAGGCCUUUCCGUUUUGAGAUCAUUUCGAUUGCUUCGAGUUUUUAAACUUGCUAAAUCGUGGCCAACUCUAAAUUUACUAAUUUCCAUUAUGGGUCGCACCAUGGGUGCAUUGGGUAAUCUAACAUUUGUCCUUUGCAUUAUCAUAUUCAUCUUUGCUGUAAUGGGAAUGCAACUUUUCGGGAAGAACUAUACGGACAAUCAGGACAGAUUUCCAGACGGUGAUUUACCACGCUGGAACUUUACGGAUUUCAUGCAUUCAUUUAUGAUCGUUUUCCGGGUAUUAUGUGGUGAGUGGAUUGAGUCCAUGUGGGACUGCAUGUAUGUCGGCGACGUCUCCUGCAUUCCGUUCUUUUUGGCUACGGUCGUGAUUGGAAACUUGGUCGUGCUUAAUCUUUUCUUAGCCUUGCUUUUGUCUAAUUUCGGUUCAUCUAGUCUAUCGGCCCCAACAGCCGACAAUGACACUAAUAAAAUCAUGGAAGCGUUUAACAGAUUUUCGCGUUUUAAAGCAUGGAUAAAGCGUAAUUUUGCCAAUUGUUUCAAUUAUAUUCGUAACAAAUUGACAAAUCAAAUUAGUGAUCAACCAUCAGAGCAUGGUGACAACGAGCUGGAACUAGGCCAAGAUGACAUUAUUGCCGAUGGCCUAAUCAAAAAAGGGAUCAAGGAGCAAAACCAGCUAGAGGUUGCAAUUGGCGAUGGCAUGGAAUUCACGAUACAUGGCGAUAUGAAGAACAACAAGCCGAAGAAACCGAAAUAUCUUAAUAAUGCAACGAUGAUUGGAAACUCAAUUAACCACCAAGACAAUAGACUGGAACAUGAGCUAAACCAUAGAGGUUUGUCCUUACAGGACGACGACACUGCCAGCAUCAACUCAUAUGGUAGCCAUAAAAAUCGACCAUUUAAAGACGAAAGCCACAAAGGGAGUGCAGAAACAAUGGAGGGUGAGGAGAAACGUGAUGCCAGUAAAGAAGACCUUGGUCUGGACGAAGAACUAGACGAGGACGGUGAAUGUGAAGAAGGACCACUUGAUGGAGACAUUAUAAUACAAGCAAACGAAACCGAUAUUCUUGACGAAUACCCGGCUGACUGCUGUCCGGACUCAUAUUAUAAGAAGUUUCCAAUAUUAGCUGGUGACGAAGAUUCGCCUUUUUGGCAAGGAUGGGGCAAUUUACGACUGAAAACUUUUCAAUUAAUUGAAAAUAAAUACUUUGAAACAGCUGUUAUCACUAUGAUUUUAAUGAGUAGCUUAGCUUUGGCCUUAGAAGAUGUCCACCUCCCGCAAAGACCAAUACUGCAGGAUAUCCUUUAUUAUAUGGACAGAAUUUUUACAGUUAUAUUUUUCUUAGAAAUGUUAAUCAAAUGGUUGGCCCUCGGCUUCAAGGUUUACUUCACGAACGCGUGGUGCUGGCUUGAUUUCGUCAUCGUAAUGCUUUCACUCAUCAAUUUGGCCGCGGUUUGGUCCGGAGCAGAUGAUGUGCCGGCAUUCCGCUCUAUGCGUACGUUGCGUGCUCUUCGGCCGUUGCGUGCGGUAUCCCGAUGGGAGGGUAUGAAAGUCGUCGUGAAUGCAUUGGUUCAAGCUAUACCGUCCAUCUUCAAUGUGCUAUUGGUGUGUCUAAUAUUUUGGCUAAUUUUUGCCAUAAUGGGUGUACAGCUUUUUGCUGGAAAAUAUUUUAAGUGCGAGGAUCAAAAUGGCACUAAACUCAGUCACGAGAUCAUACCUAACCGCAAUGCCUGCGAGAGUGAAAACUACACAUGGGUGAAUUCAGCAAUGAAUUUUGAUCAUGUAGGUAAUGCGUAUCUGUGCCUUUUCCAAGUGGCCACGUUUAAAGGCUGGAUACCUAUCAUGAACGACGCAAUUGACUCACGUGAGGUGGGCAAGCAGCCAAUCCGUGAAACGAAUAUCUACAUGUAUUUAUAUUUCGUAUUCUUCAUCAUAUUUGGAUCAUUUUUCACUCUUAAUCUCUUCAUUGGUGUUAUCAUUGAUAAUUUUAACGAGCAAAAGAAAAAAGCAGGUGGAUCAUUAGAAAUGUUCAUGACAGAAGAUCAGAAAAAGUACUAUAAUGCUAUGAAAAAGAUGGGCUCUAAAAAACCAUUAAAAGCCAUUCCUAGACCGAGGUGGCGUCCACAAGCAAUAGUAUUUGAAAUAGUUACUGAUAAAAAAUUCGAUAUAAUAAUUAUGUUAUUCAUUGGCCUAAAUAUGUUUACCAUGACACUCGAUCGAUACGAUGCGUCCGAAACAUAUAAUGCUGUUCUAGACUAUCUAAAUGCGAUAUUCGUAGUUAUUUUCAGUUCCGAAUGUCUAUUAAAAAUAUUCGCCUUACGGUAUCACUAUUUUAUUGAGCCAUGGAAUUUAUUUGAUGUAGUAGUUGUCAUUUUAUCCAUCUUAGGUCUUGUGCUGAGCGAUAUUAUUGAAAAGUACUUCGUAUCUCCAACGCUGUUGCGUGUGGUCCGUGUGGCAAAAGUGGGUCGCGUGUUACGUCUUGUCAAAGGUGCUAAAGGUAUUCGCACGCUGUUGUUCGCGCUAGCUAUGUCACUUCCGGCUCUAUUCAACAUUUGUCUGCUGCUAUUUCUUGUAAUGUUCAUCUUUGCUAUUUUCGGGAUGUCAUUUUUUAUGCAUGUGCGGGAAAAAAGUGGCAUUAACGACGUUUAUAAUUUUAAAACUUUUGGCCAAAGUAUGAUAUUGCUGUUCCAGAUGUCUACCUCAGCCGGUUGGGAUGGCGUUUUAGAUGCUAUUAUCAAUGAGGAAAAUUGCGAUCCACCCGACAACGACAAAGGCUAUCCGGGCAAUUGUGGUUCUGCAACAGUUGGAAUAACGUUUCUUCUCUCAUACUUAGUUAUAAGCUUUUUGAUAGUUAUUAAUAUGUAUAUUGCUGUCAUUCUCGAAAACUAUAGUCAGGCCACCGAGGACGUGCAGGAAGGUCUCACCGAUGAUGAUUAUGAUAUGUACUACGAAAUCUGGCAGCAGUUCGACCCCGAAGGUACGCAAUAUAUACGCUAUGAUCAGCUCUCCACAUUUCUGGAUGUCUUGGAACCGCCUCUUCAAAUACAUAAACCGAACAAGUACAAAAUCAUAUCUAUGGAUAUACCAAUCUGUAGAGGAGAUAUGAUGUAUUGUGUAGAUAUUUUGGAUGCUCUUACCAAAGACUUUUUUGCACGGAAAGGCAAUCCUAUAGAAGAUACAGGUGAAAUCGGCGAAAUUGCUCCCAGGGCAGAUGCCGAAGGACAUGAACCUGUGUCAUCUACUUUAUGGCGUCAACGUGAGGAGUAUUGUACUCGCCUGAUACAAAACGCUUGGCGUAAGUACAAAGCGCGUACAUCUGGUGAAAUGGAAGGGAACAUCGAAAACAAUUUUGAUCCCGAAAGUGGCGAAGGUGAUGGCGAUGGAAGCCGUAGUGGAGCUGGUGGAGAGAGUGGUGAUGGUAUGCGCGAUGGAAACGUAAUCAGCCCGGAAGCUGCUUUAAGUGGGAGUCCAGUAAGUCCGGGUUCUGCGUGUGGUGGAGUCGGUAGCGGAUCAAGCAUCAAAAAUGGCCGACAAACGGCCGUACUGGUGGAAAGUGAUGGUUUUGUAACCAAAAACGGCCAUAAGGUUGUAAUACACUCGCGCUCACCGAGUAUAACGUCGAGAACGGCGGACGUCUGAGCCAGGCCUCGCCCCCCCCUCCAGGAAGCACCUUAAUCGAACUGACCUAAAUCAACAAAAAUAAUUUUCUGCCACAUUCAACAACAACGACAGCGUUAAGCAAAACAAACCUCAACUGCUAUGAGGACUAGUAUCACCAUUACCAGCUGCAGUUUUUUCUACUUUCAGUUCAAAUAUUGAUUCGAAAACUAUGCAAAAGUAAGAAGAAGGAAAAUCUAAUUACCCAAAAUCUCUACUGUGACCUAGUAAUAUUCAAAAAUUUUAAUUUAAAAAUUAGCAUUUUUAUUUAGUAUAAAUAAUCUGCUUACUAUCUUUGUAUUAUCAUGCUCAUAUUUAUGAGAAAUUAUUUUCUGUUAAGCACAUAUUUGUAUACCGUAAUACCUUGCAAAAAUUAUACAAAAAUUAUUUACUAUUAUCUAUACAUGUGUAUGUAAACGCUAUUUCAUUUGCCUCGUAUCUAUUUAUACACUUUAGAGCGAUAUUAUUUCAUAUCUAAUUUAUGAAUAUGUGUUAGCAUAUGUACAUUUAAUGCUCAUACAGGCAUAGCUUUAUAAACGAUUCUGGUGUUUUCGUUCACAACAGCGAUAUGCAGCUGUAAAUUUUAAAAUUUUCAAUGCGAAACAUGCAGGCGUAAGAGAAAAAAUCACAUAAUGAAAUUGUUACAAAAAGCCUACUGCCAUAUCUCUGAGAUCAAAUGCACUAAAGUUUGAAAUAAGAGAAUUAUAUAACAACACACUUACACACACUGUUAUUAAAUUUGAAUUAAAAAUGUAAGACACUGUCCAUUGCAAUAUCAAAAAAUUCACAUUUCACACAAAACAUAACAUGGUAACAAUUCCGACACGUUAUUUUAACUAUCAAACAUGAACUGGGGUAGGGGCGCAUGAAUAAUGGAAUCAAAAGAUAAAAGCAUAAAAAUUUUAAAUUAAAACUAAUUGUAAUGGAACGGUCAGUUAUUAAGAACUAAUCUAUAAAAGUAUUAACGACUGAUGUUAAAUUUACAUAAAAUGUGAUUUACUAAAUAAGGCAUUCUAUAGCCAGACGACCUGGGAACACACUUCACUGACAACUUCUACAUCUCUAUAUAUGUAUGUACAUAUAUGGCGAGAAUAGUUCGAUGUGUGAUUAGGUUUGAUAACUCCACAAUUCUGGAAGAUGAAUAUAAAAAUAUUACGCAACAAAUGACAGACUCGGUAAAAAUCAUUUGCAGCCAACUUGUAAAGAAAAACUUAAUGUUACAAAAGUCGCGAAGAACAAUAAAUGGAAUGUGUACAUCAGCAAUAAAUAAAAGUCAUAAAGGCAAAUAAACUUAAAUACAAAUCGUGCAUAAUCUGAAAUCUAACUAAAGACGAUGACGUGUAGAAAGUAGAUUAAUAAAUACUCCAAUGUGCAAAUAUGGGUAAUUUUCGACUGCAAAUCCCAGUGCAAAUAUAGUGAUAUAACCCUGCAAUGAAAACCGGAUCGCUUAAGAAAUGUUAAAUAUUGGAAACCGUAUACUAAAGUAUGAAUUCUCCGUACCAGGCGCUGAAAAGGUAUACCAAAAAUAACAUAAAUUAAUGAAGCUAAAGGAAUGCUAACAAAAGUUUCGGGAAAAAUGCAACUAA